UGUUUUUGUUGAUGUUUAAUUUGAGUGCGGCUGCGCGAUGCUCAAUGCUUUCGCCGUUGCUGACGCGACUUGAUAGAAAAAAAUAGAGUUAACCCUCCGACUGUUGCUAACGAAACUAUCGAAACUGCACUGAUCGAAGACCUGAGGCUGGCAUUGUUUCGGAGCCAAGGAUAAUAAUUCAGCGACAAUUGUAAUUAGCGACAAACCAACCUCUCCCGUAUGUGAUCGCCCUUCCUCCUCGUCGGACGCUGCCAGCGAGGGCCAAGGAACAAAAUAGCAUAUCGCCAUUAUAUGAUCCAGUGUCCAGAGUCACUUUUACCCUCCAUGUGGGUGAGGGAACUGUGUGUAUCAGAUUAUGGCGAGAAAAACAGUUAGCAGGAAAAGGAAGGCAGGAGAGCCCAAGGACCAACAACAGCUGGGCUGGUGUCAGACACCACACAAGCGGAGCCGUGUUUCUUCUUCUUCACGUCAUGCCCAGCAGUGGUGGUGUAGUCGGCGCUCAGUGGUAUGUGCCCUCCGGGGGCGGGAGUUCAGGCCUCAGCAGCAGCACGAGUUGCGGCUCCAGAGAAGUCUGCGGGGCUUUGCAGCUGGGAGGCUCCCUGGUAUCCUCAAGGAAAGGGAGUUUUCUUUGGGGCGACUCAACAAGGUGUUUGCCUCACAGUGGCUCAACCACAGGCAGGUGGUGUGUGGGACCAAGUGUAACACGCUUUUUGUAGCUGAUGUCCUGACGGGGCAGAUAACACGCAUUCCCAUGCUGAAGGACAGAGAGUGUCAAGGUGGAGGCUCCGGGGUGGUGGGCGGUGUGGUGUCGGGGAGGCAUUACCACCCUACAGCAGGUUCUCGCUCCCGGCUGGACCAGCAAGGCUGUGGGAUCCACGCUAUCGAACUAAACCCCUCCCGAACGCUGCUGGCCACAGGAGGAGACAACCCCAACAGCCUGGCUAUCUACCAGCUGCCCACGCUGGACCCUGUUUGUGUCGGAGACGAUGGUCACAAUGACUGGAUCUUCUCCAUAGCAUGGAUCAGUGACAACAUGGCUGUGUCCGGUUCCAGAGAUGGCUCGAUGGGCCUUUGGGAAGUGACAGAAGAUGUAAUGAGUCAGGCAGAGCGCAGUCAGAAUGAAGAGACAGUACCUUCUUAUGCCCACAUCUCCCACCGGGCCCUGAAGGAUAUCCCGAAGGAGUACACCAACCCAUACAACUGUAAAGUCCGCGCUCUGGCCUUCAACAACAACCACAAAGAACUGGGUGCUGUGUCCUUGGAUGGCUAUUUCCAUCUCUGGAAGGCUGAGCACAACUUGUGCAAGAUACUGUCCACCAAGCUGCCUCACUGCAAAGAGAAUGUGUGUCUCGCCUAUGGACAGGACUGGUCCGUGUACGCUGUGGGCUCUCAGGCGCAUGUCUCCUUUCUUGACCCACGGCAGCCGACACACAGCAUCAAGUCCGUCAAUUCCAGAGAGAGAGGAAGUGCUGAAGGGAUCUGUGUCUGUGCAGGGAUCCGUUCAGUGAGUUUCUAUGAGCACAUCGUGACCGUGGGCACCGGCCAAGGUUCUCUUCUGUUCUACGACAUCCGGGCCCAGAGAUUCCUGGAAAACCCUUUAAAUCCAGGCGGGGGGUACAGGAAGUGCCCAGGAGAUGGCAUACUCAAGCUCACUACAGGAAAAGGAUGGCUGAAUCACGAUGAGACAUGGAGAAGUUACUUCUCGGACAUUCAUUCCUUCCCCAACGCUGUGUACACCCACUGCUACGACGACUCUGGCACCAAGCUGUUUGUAGCAGGCGGACCGCUGUGCUCGGGCCUGCACGGGAACUACGCAGGACUGUGGAGCUAGUCUCUUGGUUUCCUCCAUCACUGCACCCUCGUCCAGAUUUUUACUCCACCAGUCCCCUCUUCUUCAUGUCUGCUGGUGUCACUGUCUCUGGUAUCCCUUUUCUCUCAUUGAAACGUCACUCUGUUUUUGCUCACAUGUGGACUCAGGAGCAUGUUCUUGCCCCCACUGGAUCACAGCUUUGUAUAUUGUUGUUGUGUAUCUUUGUGUCCACCAUCAAACUUUCCCUUCACCUCCAGUUAUUCCUUUGCUCCUUUCACCUCAGCUACUCAGUUUUUUAUGAAUAUGUACAAAGAAUUAACUAGUAAUUUUCUCAAGAGCUGCAAAGUCUGCCACUUAGAAACUCAGACGAGUUUUUAGAUACAUCAAGAAUAAAGUAAUACAUGUUGUCAUCAUCACAUCUGACCGCAGGGAUUAGGAUAUGGUCUUUUGACAGCUUGUUUUUGUUAGUACAGAUAGUGUUAACUGCUGCUUUCUCUAAGAUAACUGACAGUGUCUAUGUGAAAAUACUUGUAGGGUUUCUCCCACAAAGUUCCUUUUCAUUAUCUCACUGAAAUGGACAGAAGCAAAAGAGGGGGAGAGGAAAAAAGACUGAGGAGACAAUACGUUCUGAAAGACUGAUGCUGAGUACAGUUUGACGUUUAAUAGAGAAUAUUUACUGGUGGGACAACCCGUCCUGUUCUGCAACAAUCACAAAGAACUUCUCUCUUCUCCUGUUGGAAGUAAAACGAAGAAGCCAAUCAAUAUGGGACUUUGUGUUCAGGAUGUUCUCCUCAGAUGAUGUAAAGGAGAAACAUUAAGAUUGCUAAAUGCAGUGUUGUUGUUCUGCUCUGAAUUAAUCCCAAAAAAUGCUUAUUUUAUUUUGACUGUGUGAUUUGACAGGCAUACCCCUGCUGAUAUUCUAAGUAGCUUUAUUUGUAUUUAUUUCGCCCUUACUCUGUCCCCUUUAUUAAGUUUGAUCAGGGGUGUUUAUAUCUGCUUCAUUUGAAGGAUGUGCUGUCUUUUUCCCUUUGCUUAGGUUCUUAUUCUUUCUCAGCAGAUUUAACCAAUUAGUGGCAAGUGGACACAGGUCUGUAACCACAGUGUUGUUACAAGAGAAUUCACCUUAAGGUUUAAAGUUGUAGAACCAAGUUAAGAAACAUUGUACAUGACAAUUACUAGAUACAGGAGCCCUUUGCUUUUUGGUCCAAUCUCUAAUACACUCUGUGACUCUGGAACUCCUCCCCAGGAGCUAGGUAAAAGAUCAGUGAUGGCUCACUUUGAUCUUCUCAACCAUCCAGCAAGAAGGAUGUUAGGGAAACCAAUGAGAAUUUUUGGACACGACCCUGAUGUUAGAUGCUUCAGGCACAUACAUUUGUUGUCACGAUUGGAAGAACUGUACCUUUUCUUCUUUUCUUCUGUAUCAAGCAGUGAGGGAUGCGGAACCUCUCCUUGUUUGGUAGAGGCAGGGUAGGCUUGAGUUACAUUUUUGCCUUCCUCAAAGUCUUUCUGUGAAAGACUUGCCACGAGUAUCAUAGUUUUCCUUUUCUACAUGGAAAUUUUGUCCAGUUUUCAUGAUAAUGACAGAUUGAAAAGAGAAACCCCAAUUAGGACCACAAAUUGAACAAAUAACCAACACUUUUAAAGUGUAUUUUAUAUAAAUAUGUGUAUAUGUAUGUGUAAAAUACAUAGGGACAAUUGCAUACAUUUUUAUGUAUAUGUCUGAGGAAGUGUGUGGAUCAAUCUGUCUACUUGGUGAUGCCCUGUUUUUUUAUACAUGCCUCAUGAAUGUUUUUACAAAUGACUGAAUUUGAGGAUAUUGUAAAAUACAAACAUCUGCAAAAAACAAGAUAUUAAAUCUUUAAAAAAGAGUAAAUAAUAAAAAUAAAAUGUAUAUUAA